AUCCAGCAUUGGGAGUACAUUAAUAUAGAGCACCUGCAAUGCCUUUGGGGUUAUAAUGAUGUCUGCGAAUUUGGCAGGAGCAGUUAUUAUUGUACACGCUGGGAUAAAGUGUGUGAUAUUGCCAUUAGUGUAAUUAAAUGUUGAUCUUGGAGACUGCCCGAUAUUUGACUUUUUGAACUGCCUAGUGACGAGGGAGGGAGAUCAACAUUCAGUCGUUGUUAUCAUCCUGUACCUUUAGUUAGCACUUUCUAAAUAAAACUAAGCACUUUCAAACUGGCAAACCACCACCAUAUUUAAUUGUUUUUCAUCCUUAUCUAACCCUCCUUUAGUUAGGUCAACAUUGCAGGAUUUAGCUGAAUGCUCUUAUCCAGAGCAACUUGCGUGAAACUUAACAUGCAAUCAAUUUAUGAAAUUUCUACUGAAGCCUUUCAGCUUAAAGCCUGGCAUGCCUGGCUCAAAAGUACAACAGCAGUGCCCUAGCGGCAAACUAAAAGUACAACCUUUCAGCUGCAAACUGAGUUCCCUUGCCAUUAUACUAUGCUGCCUCCUAAUUUAUUUGUAGCAUUUAUUUUUAGGUUUAAAGAUAAAUCCAAAUGGUCACAUACAGACACAUCAUAAUUGGAAAAUAUUCCCAUUAUUGAAUGCUAUCCAAUAAAUGUGUUGAUUACAUUAUAAAAUGAGCUCACCAGGUCAUCAGCCAGCCAGUAGAUUGUACAGCUGCCAUAUACGAUGUGGAACAGUAGUCUGAACAGUCAUGUAGUACAAUGAAAACCCCCUGAAAAUUACAAUGAAUUGCGUCCAGGAAGGAAAAAAAAUUGAAUUGAAAUCAUUUGCAUUGGCACCUGUACUCAUAACCGCCCUGUUGUAUAAUACCACAGAGCUUUCAGACAAAACAACAAUACGUCGUUGAUCGUAACAGACUGCAGAGAUGGACCUUCUGCUGUCCCACAACCUCACAAACGGCUCAGGUUCAGGCUCUUGCACAAAAGAAGAUUUUGUGGACGUUCGCAUGUAUCCUACAUUCUACUCUAUAUGUUUUAUUAUUGGGUUCCCAGCUAACUGCCUCUCUUUCUAUGUAGCAUUGGCACUGGCAAGGAAAGGGAAUAAUCUGGCGGUGUAUCUGGUAAACCUCUCUGUGUCAGACCUCCUGUACACAAUCACUCUGCCAGUGUGGAUUCAGCUGGCUCUCCGUUACCCUGUGGGCGACACCCUCUGCAGCCUCAUCGCCGUGGUCAUGAACAACAGCUUCUACGUGGGCACCUCUUUCCUCUGCUGCAUCUGUGUGGACCGAUACCUGGCUGUGGUCUCCCCGCUCUACUACCCAUGGGCCCACACGGUGCGGACAGCCAAUGGGGUGAGCGCCCUGGUGUGGUGCGCGGAGCUGGCCCUGCACGCGGUCCUCCUGCACCACACGGGGGCGCUCCGCUCCUUCUCGGAGUUCCGGCUGUGCGAGGAGAAGAUGCCCAUGAGGCCGGCGGUCUCGCGUGUGGCGCUGGUGCGGGUGGCGCUGGGCUUCCUCGUCCCUCUCCUCCUCAUGACGUUCUGCUUCCUGCGCAUCUUCCUCGCCCUCCAGCGCAGCACCUUCACGCAAGAGAGCGAGCGGAGGAAGGUCCAGAGCCUGCUCUUCCUCCUCCUCCUCACUUACGUGACGGCUUUCGCUCCCUUCCAGACCAUCAUGCUCCUCAGGGGCCUCUGGGAGCCCAACGUGUGUGGCUUCGCCCUGCGUGUGAGGGACGCCUACAUGGUAUCCGUUGCUACGACAACGAUCAACAGUGUGGUGGACCCCAUCCUCUAUUGCCUCCUGAGUGAAGCUGCAAAGGCGGAGAUGAACCUGAUCCUUCAGGGAUGCCGUUAAUGGUUUGGAAAGAUCUUACCGUUCCGGAGAAAGACUGUUUCCCCCAUCUCAUAGGACUCACCAGGCCUCACUACAUAAUGUUUAACUAAGCUGUGAGUUCAUUUACUCUUCUUCAUCCAUGCACACUGAUCAUAUUCUUCCUCUCCAACAGCAUCCUUUUCAUCUUUUUCUUCUUGAAAGAAAUCUGUUCUGUGAAUAGGAGAUCUACUGCAUCAGCAUAAGAUGAAUGCUAUUAAAGUUGUGAGCAUAAAAUUUAUUAUAUAAUUAUUUGUCAGUCAUUUUAA